UAUUUUCCAACACACGCAGGGCCCCUGCGAUCUUGUGGUUGUGCGUUUUUGUGCAUUGGUGCGCGUAUGAUUCAAUCGGUUGCCUCGCUUCCUUUCGCGUACGUCGCCUUGGCGUUUUCGAGUACGCGCGAGACGACGACGAGCUUCACGAGGGAUUAUACCAGAGCCAGGGUCCUCAAGACAUAUUACCUUCCGCGGCGAAUGAGUUAUUCAAAAUUUAGGCAUUUAAAUGUUAUCGCGAAUAUUCCGUGGGGAAAAUGAAAACGCCGCCGUUAAGAGAAAACGUCAGAUUGACACGCUGAAGAUCUUUAACGACAAUGUUUUAGAAUUACGAGAAGAUGUCGAGUAUCAAGUGCAAUUUGAUUCCAGAGAUAAACGUAUGGCUAUUAUGGUCUCGCUGUCUCCAGAAUUUCCACUGGAAAAGCCAGUACUUAGAGUUUCACCUCCAAUAAUACAUAAAUGGUGUAACGAACAUAGCGAAAUUACUAGUGCUCCAGGAUUAUUAAACUUUACAGUGCAUAGUGAUCUUGGGCGUGUUGUACAAGCUAUAAUACGAGAAUUUAGUAAAAAUCCACCACAAUUUGUAGAAGACAACUCUCCAGUAUCAAACAUACCACUUAGAGGUAUUUAAAUCAGCUUAUUUCUUUAUAAAAUUGCUUUAUAUUUGCAUUUAUUGCUUUCUUAUAUUUGGAAACCACAGGACCUUGCAUUGGGAUCCUACAAUAGUUAUUACAACACUUCGUACCAACCGUUCUCUUCGUCUGAUGCCACAUCAAGCAUUUAUAAUUACAAUUACACAACCGCUGAAAAUACAUAUAAUGUAAACGAUCAAUCAAGAUCUAAACAAUACACUUCAACGGGAUCGUAUAUGCCAAAUACGUCAAACUCUGUUCAAUUCACCACGACAAAUGCUCAACAAUAUUCAAGUUCUGGCACAAAUGCUUAUACGAAUUUACAUUAUGUAAACGCUAAUGCGGGACCGUCGAUGCAAAAUCAACAAGUGCAGUACAAGAGCAGUAAUACACAUUGUUCUGAAUUUCCUGAGUUAGAUAGUAUGACGAACGAGGAGCUAAUAAAACUGAGCGAAGAUGAGGAUAAAAUGGACGAAUUCUUAGAAAAACAUUCAAAAUUAAAGGAGAUCGACUCUGCAGUCGAAGAUACUAUUGAUUGGGUAGAAAAACUAGCAACAAUAAAUUUGUCCAGGGAGCAGGAAAUCCAGGAGGUGCGCGAAGAGGUGGCCGAUAGAGUCCAAACGGUCGAAGCUCUAAAGGCUCGUUACGACAGGCUUAUCCAGCGCUACAAUAAACUAUCGGAGGUAUUUGCACCAGAGCACAUUAGAGAUUGUUUAAAAGCAGCCGCGGAUGAUAGUCAGGAACAAAGUGAGAAGAUAGCGCAAGAUUUUCUAAAUCGUAAGAUCGACGUUGAGCGCUUCCUCAGCACGUACGUCGAGUGCAGGAAACUCGGUCAAGCGAGGCGAACCAAGGAAGAGAAGUUGGCGCAUCAGCUCAAUGAGCUUAAGAGAGCUAACUAUUAAUCUAAUAAAUUCUUUUUUGAUCGUUUCUUUUCUGUAAAAGACAAAAACAAAUCAGGAAAAAGGGAAAGCGUUAUUGUACGCGCUUAUAACCUGAACCUCCUUUUACUUGUUUGCAAGGACCAUUAAGUCAUUAUUUUCUUUGCUUUGUUUUCUUGUAGAUAUUGUGAGUUAGAAAUAAAAGCUUUAAUAAAUAAUUGUACAAUGAAGGACUUCUUAAUUGAUAAUGACCAAAAUUGCAUUUGUAUCAUUUUAAUUAAGCCAACAUUCAUAACAGUUUCAAUUUAUUUUCAAAAUUUCGUACUUAAUAAACAAUCCACGAAAAUGUUGUAUGAUUUUAUUUAAAUUCAAUUAAAAGAU